GCAACUAACCAAGAGCUGAGAGCAGAAGAUAAAACAUAGGUGACCUCUUCUUUUCUCGUUUCGCUCCCAUCACCUCCAUCAUCAGCAUGGCUGUCCUCGGUCUCCAUCUUCCACUCCCACCCAUUUACCAAGCCCCAUCCCCAAAAUCCUUCUCCCCUCUGUUGACACCUCCACUUCGGCCCACUCCGGCCCGGCCCAACCUCCGCCUCCGAUCCAGGGCCGGCCCAGUAUUUUCCGUCGGCAACGAAGAGGCCGAGCUCCGCGUCUCCGUCGAUGAGCAGAAACAGCAGACAGAAGUGGAGGAAGUACAGGAGGCGACGCCUGAGGACUUGGAACACGUUGAACAGAUCAAACGAGUUUUGGAGCUCCUGCGAAGGAACAGGGACAUGACCUUUGGCGAGGUGAAGUUAACUAUCAUGAUUGAGGACCCUAGAGAUGUUGAACGGAAAAGAUUGCUUGGAAUUGAGGAUCCUGACGAAUUGACAAGAGAUGACCUGGCUGCUGCUUUGGAAGACGUGAAUGAAGGUAUAAUUCCAGAAAAUCGUAUGGCUCUUCGGUUGCUUGCUGAGGAGAUGAAUCAAUGGCCAGAUCUUGAGGUUGAAGCACCAAAGACAAAACCCCGGAAAUCUCUUUAUGCAAGAGCUACAGACACUGGAAUCGAUCCUCGAGAAGCUGCCAAGAGACUAAAUAUUGACUGGGAUACUGCAGCUGACAUUGAAGAGGAAGAUGACAGUGAUGAGGUAGAAGUACCCGCAGCAGUGGGAUACAGUGCUCUCUAUUUGGUGACUGGUUUGCCUAUAUUAAUUGGCAUAUCUGUUGUAUUGAUCCUUUUCUACAACUCGUUACAGUAGCAAUAUUCAUUUGUUACUAAAGUUAGUUGUUUCUAUUAAUUGGAGCAAUAGAUGCUCAGGUCGGCUUUGACCUCUAUUUUUGUAAUAAUAUAUGUUAAAUAUCUGAGUGAUACAGUAGAAUAUGCUCUGUAUAUCAGGUGUAGGUAAUAUGUAUCACCUUUGUAUUUGAAACCUUGUAUUUGUACAUAAAACUAUAUUCAUGCUGUAUUUGGCUGCAUUAUUACCUUUCUUA